CAUCCGCAGCGCUUCAUCGAGCACUUUGAACGGACUCAGCAAGAGUUUAAGGGGCGUUGUUUUUCUCGACCUUUUGACGCACUGACCGUCUAUGUAGCGGACUACACUUGUGCCACGGAAAACCGGUGUCAGCGCGCGGACAGUGAGGGAAGAGAGAACAAGCUCUGUGUCUGUCUGUUUGCUGAUUGGCUGAACCGUGACCGCUCUGCCCACCGUGUACAACACAGGGAGCUGUGCGCACAUAUAUUGGGUGCACACGUUCGUGCCCCUUAACAGUUUACCAUUCUGCCGGUACCCCAGAGGGCACGCGCGGCCGAGGAAAGCAUAGAACAGCUCGAGUAUUAUUUCAGACAACAGAGUCUAUGGCUGCCUCCGCACACUGCAGCUGCGUGUGGAUGUUGGUGUUGGGUGCUUGUGUGUCGCUGGUGGUUGGAACUGAAUGCGGGAAGGAGUGCGCACUGUGCGUGUACCGUCUGCUGGGACAGCAAUCCAGUUUCACCUCCCUGACAUGCUCACUCGAGUGCGAGGGCGGGUUGGACAGCCAGCAGCUCCGCCUGUGCCGGGACUUCCUAUUGGAGGAGGAAAACCACAUUCUUAUAAAUACUGACCCCCGUCAACAGCAGGAACAGGAAGCAGCAGGCACCGUGACAGCUGACGAUGAGGAUGCAAUAUCACCGGAGCACCAGCUGGCCAAGAAGUAUGGCGGUUUCAUGAAGCGCUAUGGUGGUUUCAUGUCUCGCCGUUCAUCCUCUCCAGAGGCGGUACUAGAGGAUCCUGGAAACCAGGAUGAGGAAGAAAAUGUUCGCCUGGAGGUCCUAAAGAUUCUCAAUGCUGCGACUGAGCACAGUGAUGAGGGUAAUGGUCAGAGAGGUGAGGCAGUUAAGAGGUACGGAGGUUUCAUGCGUCGGGCUGAAGGAGGGGUGGCACAAGGCGACAUGCUGGAGGCAGUGUUAGGCCGUGGGCUCAAGAAGCGCUAUGGAGGGUUCAUGAGGCGUGUGGGCAGGCCUGAGUGGCUGGUGGACAGCAGCAAGAGUGGGGGGAUGUUGAAACGGGCCUGGGAGAAUGGCAGCGAGUUACAGAAGAGGUAUGGGGGGUUCAUGGACUAGGAAGCCACAGCUAUGACCCCUCACAACCCCCAUCCAACCCAACCCCUCCCUUCAACCAGUCACCUUGUAAUCUGGACUUGUUGGCCUGCCCCCUCAGCUUUGUAUAAUGUGCUGCUGCUGACUUCAUUGAUUCAGUUGCUUCUGUAAUGAUUAAAAAGAUAAACAUGAAUCAUUCA